AUGAUUUUAGAUGAGGGGUCAGAUUUAACAAGUUUAGUAAUUGAAAAACAUCCAAAAAUUCUAUCACAACUUAGAGGUAUAACUCAAGGAUCUUAUAAUGGAAUUAACUAUUUAUCAAAACUAUAUAGUCAAAAGAAAUUAAAAAUUCCAACUAUCAAUAUCAAUGAUUCAAUUACCAAGAGUAAAUUUGAUAAUUUCUACGGUUGUGGUGAAUCAUUAAUUGAUGGUAUAAAAAGUGCGACCAAUAUAAUGAUUGCUGGUAAAGUUAUAACAAUUGCUGGCUAUGGAUAUGUUGGUAAAGGUUGUGCUAAACAGUUAAGUAAAUUAGGUGCACGUAUCCUUAUCACAGAAAUAGAUCCAAUUAAUGCACUUCAAGCUUCAAUGGAUGGUCAUCAAGUGGUCACAAUGGAAUAUGCUGCACCAAUAUCAAAUAUUUUCAUCACAACAACUGGUUGUCCAAAUAUUAUUACAAGUGAUCAUUUUAAAUUUAUGAAAGAUGAUUCAAUCCUAUGUAAUCUUGGUCAUUUAAAUACUGAAAUCGAUAUUGAUUGGUUGAAUAAUAAUUCAAUUAAAAAAGAUAUUAUUAAAAAGGAUUUAGUUGAUCGUUAUACUUUUAUUAGAAUUAAUAAUAAUAAUAAUGAUAAUAAUAAACCAAACGAUAAUAAUGAUGAUGAAAAUAAUGAUAAUAUUAAUAAUAAUAAUAAUAAUAAUAAUAAUAAUAAUAAUAAUAAUAAUAAUAAUAAUAAUAAUAAUAAUAAUAAUAAUAAUAAUAAUAAUAAUAAUAAUAAUAAUAAUAAUAAUAAUAAUAAUAAUAAUAAUAAUAAUAAUAAUAAUAAUAAUAAUAGUAAUAAUGAUAAAUAUCAUUUAAUGAUUUUAUCAAAAGGUAAUGCAAUUAAUAUUAGUAAUAGAGAUGGUGGACAUCCAUCAUUUACAAUGUCAAUUUCAUUUUGUAAUCAUGUUUUCUCACAAAUUUCACUGUGUGUUGAAUAUUAUUCUUUGAAAUAUUCACCUGGAAUUCAUAUUUUACAAAGAUCUUUUGAUGAAGAAAUUGCUCGUUUACAUUUAAAUCAUCUUGGUGGUAAACUAACAGUUUUAACUCCAACCCAAAGUAAUUAUUUAGGUAUUGACAAAAUGGAACUUAUAAACCAAGUUUUUAUAGAUAUUAAAGAUAUUAAAAAAAAAAAAAAAAAAAAAAAAAAAUUAAUUUUUUAA